AUGUGGCAUAGCCCCUCCCCGUCGAGAAUAUGGAACAAUAGCCCCCUUUUCAGCAGGUCGGGUGCCAACACGUCCACCGGGGCGGACAACGGCAGCGGCUCGUCCUUCUCUUUCCACCACGGAGACUUGACCGGCCCUCCGCUCGACCCGCAGCCGUCCGUCAGGCCCGAGGAUCCGCUCAACUGGUCGUGGCGCAAGAAGCAUGCCGUCCUGUUCGCGCUGAUCCCGGGAUCCCUCCUCAGCGACUGGACUCUGACAUGGGGGACGACUGUCUUCCAGCUACAAGCGUCCGAGUGGAACAUGGCGGUCGAGGAAGUGGCCCAGUCCGUGAGCCCGGGAAUCUUCAUGCAAGGGACGGGGGGGAUCCUGGCGGUUCCUCUGUGCCAACGUUACGGGAGGCUCCCCGUCCUCUUCUGGUCGCAACUCCUCUGCCUCGUCUGCACGAUCGGGGCCAUACACGCGCGCAGCUACACGAGCUUCACGGCGAUGCGGACGCUGCAGGGGUUCUUCGGGGCGGCGCCGCAGGUGAUCGGGCUCUCGGUGGUGCACGACAUGUUCUUCUUCCAAGAGCGGACUCGCAAGAUCAACAUCUGGGCGGCCUCGUUCCUGAUAGGGCCGUACCUGGGGCCCUUCAUCUCCAGCCUGCUUCUCCUGCGGCUGGACUGGCGUGACAACUUCGCCGUGCUGGCGGGCUUCUACGGCCUCAGCGUCGCCAUGGUGGCGUUCCUCGGCGACGAGACCCUCUUCGACCGCGACGGCCACGACCUGCUGCGCGCGGGGCUCAAGGUGUGCGGGCGGCCCCAACCAGUGUCGCCGGGCCGGCGGGUGGCGCUGCUGCUCGGGGUGGAGGGGUACCGCAACCGGGCCGCGCGGCCGGGCCUGUGGACCGUGUUCCGGCACCAGUGCUCGCUGCUCGGGCGGCCCUACCUGCUCCUCCCGACGGCGCUGUUCAUCACCCCCAUGACAAUGUGGACCAUCGGGUUGGUCACGACCAUGCCGCAGUUCGUGCUCCCCGCUACCGACGAAGGCGGCUACGGCUUCAGCUACGUCGGCCUCUCGAUGUUCUACUGGGCGCCCAUGCUCGGCACCCUCGCGGCCGAGCUGUGGGGCCACUGGUUCAACGACGCGCUCGCAGCCCGGCACAUGCCCCGCUUCGGCCCCGAGAGCCGCCUGACGGCCGUAUACCCCGGUGUGGCGGCGGCGGUGGCGGGCUUGGUGCUCUUCGGCGCGACGAUGCAGCACCGCCUGCACUGGGCCGGGCUGGCGUUCGGGUGGGCGAUGGUGUGCUUCGGCACCCUCUCCUGCACGACGGCCGUGUCGGCGUACGCGCUCGACUGCCUCCCGCGCCACGCGGCGUCGGCGUCGGCGUGGAUCAACUGCUGGCGCGUCGUCGGCGGGUUCUCGGUCGUCUACUUCCAGGGCGCGUGGGUGCGGAGUGCCGGGGCCGGGGCCGCGUUCGGGGGCCAGGCGGCGGUUAUUGCGGCGGCGGCGAUGGCGGUCGUCGUUGCGCAGGUGUGGGGGCGGAGUUGGAGGGAGAGGUACCCGGCGCCGGCAGAGGAGAAUUGA